GGUUAUCAAUAAAUAACAAUUAAAGUUUAUAAUAUGCGAUAAUUCAAUGUUUCGAUGAGAAAUUUAUUUAUAUAUGACAUUUUGAAUUUAGUGCUCUCGUAGCUCAGCAAAUCUCAUCUCAUGGCAAAACGUCCUCCAUUUUUCUUCUCCCUCCAGAACCACAAAGUUAUUAUUAUUUUCAUUUUUUCGCGAGGUUAACAAGUGGUAAUAUAAUUCCUGUGACAACAAUAAUCAGUUUGUCCUCAUGAGGAUCAUGAUAUUAUAAACAAAUAAUUAAAUCACUGCAAUGGCUUCGAACGAAUUAAGUAUUGUUGAAUAUCUCUAUGACAGUGGAACAAUAAAACAUGCCUGUGGAUAUUGCGAAAAAAAGAGCAGCUACAAGCGCGAUGAGGAGAAAACCGAAAUUAUUCUAGGCAUGUGGGCCGAAUCUCUCACUGUGGAUAAUUACCAAAGUCUGAUUGACAGAGGAUGGAGAAGAAGUGGACGUUAUUGUUACAUACCUAGAAAUAUCGAAACCUGCUGUCCAAUGUACACCAUCAGAUGCAAUGCGUUGGACUUUGUGGUUUCGAAGUCCCAGAAGAUAAUUAUCAAGAGAAUGACAAAGUUCUUGAAGGACGGCGAGAGGAUGAUUGAGGAGGAGAGUAGGACGAAGAAGAAAUCCGAUAAGGAUGAAUUACAUGGGAUUGGCGCGUGUUCUAAUGCCGAACUUCCAGAGGAAGAAUUCGCGGAGUACUCGGCACGUGCUCAUAAGAAUAUCCUACAGAACGAGCCAAUGAUGCUCGCCACCAACUGCGAGAAGAGAUUAUCCCAGUGCCCUGAAGACGUCAUCAAGUCAAAAAUUAAGAGAGAGUCUAGCCAGGAUCACGAUAGCCCUCCAUCACACCCAAUGGUCCCCUCAAAACUUUCUCAACCGACAGAAAUCCCACCAAAUCGGGACGGAAUGCCGAGGAAAAAAAAAUUGAUGCGCAUCGAAAGAGCUAGGAGUCGCCUGCUGGCGCAGGGGAAGACUCUGGAGGAAAUUGAGGACUUCUACAGAAAAAAAAAGAUGCCUACUGGCGCAAAGUCCAUCGAGGAACUCCUUUCUACUGUAGAGGAUGGACAGAACAAGCUAGAAAUUAAAUUAAUCAGAGUAUCCUCUGAGGAAUUCUAUAAUACUUUUGACGAGAGCUUCAAGCUAUUUAAAAAAUAUCAAGAGGCCGUGCAUCAUGAUAAACCUGAGGAUCAAACUAAGAAGUCAUUCAGCAAUUUCUUGGGGCCAAGUCGACUGAUACACCGGAGCGUCAGACGAGGCCCACCUAUGGGGUACGGUCCCUUCCACCAACAAUAUCGUCUCAAUGGAAAAUUAAUAGCUGUCGGAGUCAUCGAUAUCUUGCCCUACUGCGUCUCCAGUGUUUACCUCUUUUAUGAUCCUGAAUAUUCAUUUCUUUCACUUGGAACUUUCAGCUCUUUGAUUGAAGUUCGACUGGUUCGAGAGCUAUACAAGUCGGCAUCAGAUUUGAAAUACUACUACAUGGGCUACUACAUCCACGAAAUCCCGAAGAUGAGGUACAAAGCUAAAAUGACGCCCUCCUUUCUCCUGUGUCCUGAGACGUACACGUGGCAUCCAAUCGCGAAAUGUACCCCAAAAUUGGACAGACAAAAAUACUCGAGGCUCAACGAAGACGUCUAUGCACUCGACGAGGAUGGCGAAAUGAGUGCAGAGGAUAUCAGACAGGUUCGGGUUUUGUAUCGAGGUGAAAGCCUCAAAUUAUACGGAGAAGUGCAGAAAAUUCGACAUCUGAAGGGCGAAAGGGACGACGUCGAAAAAGUUAAAUUGUACGCGAAACUCGUUGGUAAAACCUGCGCCAAAAGCAUGAGUCUCAUUCUCACCUAAUUAAUUAAAUUUAAGAAUUAAACCAGUGAUAACAAUGCGGAUUAAAUAAAUCCCAACCAAUUUUAUUCUGUCAGCUUCAAUAAAUAAUUUAAUUGGA